GAAGCAGGUCACGGUUGUCAGCGCGGGAGAUGUGAGCGGGUACUCGGGGAGGAUGGCAAGACGAUUGGAUCGCAAGGCGGUUGGCAACAACUGGACUGUGAAUGGACAGGAGUAUGCUGAGGGAAGUGACGAAUCAGGAAAUGAAUUAGGAGAGAUGGAAGUAGGUGGCGAGAGCUAUGAAAAAUGGGAUAUGGUUAGGAAUAAUAAACGGAAAAAGAAGCGACAGAGUAAAUCGGAUGAAAGUAACUCUGACAGGGGAUCAACUGUGGAAGAAACGAGAGAGGAAUACAAAGUGUUUGCAAAAUUUAUGCAUGAUGGAGACUUGUUUGAAGAGACUCAAAACAGCAAGAGAAAGCAAUCAAAAUGAGCAGGAUAAAUGGAAAGAAAGUGGAAUGUUCUAUGGCCAACAGCAGGAGAUUUAUAAAAGGAGUUGUUACAGGAAUCCCGGUGAAUAUAUCGGUAGAUGAUGUGAAACGAAACAUAACAAAUGCAAAUGUAAAAGAAAUCAAACGUCUAAAAACAAACAGGAACGGAAGUUUAAAUGACAGUACCUCGAUUAUGAUCACCUUUGAGGAGGAAGUUCUCCCAGUAAAAAUAUACAUUGGAUACAUGUGUUACAAUGUGAGGUUAUACAUACCUCCACCACUUAGAUGUUUUAAAUGUCAGAGGUUUGGACAUGUAGCGGCGGUAUGUAAGGGAAAACAAAGAUGUGGUAAAUGUAGUGGAGAACACGAGUAUGGUAAAUGUGAAGAGGGUGCCAAGCUGAAAUGCUGUAAUUGUGGAGGGCAGCAUAGCACAGCAUAUCGUGGCUGUGAAGUUAGCAAGAGGCAGGCUGAAGUACAAAGAAUUAAGGUGAUUCAGGGAAUCAGCUAUGCAGAGGCAGCAAAGAAGGUUUCAGGGGAUGUAAAAACGACAAAACAAAAUGAAAGUGUUCAAAAAGAAAUGGGAAAAUGUCAAGGAUGUGAUAAGUUGAAAGAAGAGACUUUGAUAGUGAAGAAGAAUGAUUUUGUGUUGUUUAUGGCGGAAAUAAUAAAUUGUUCUGCACAGACGAAAAGCCGAAAUGAAAGGAUCAAAAUAAUUGUCAAAUCAGCAGAGAAGUAUCUAAAUGUAAAAGAGUUGCCCUGGGAAACAGUCAGAGAUACCCUUAAUGAAGAAACCCAAUCCUCUCAGACAUGGGCUGGAUCAUCAUAAUGGUGUUGUCUAUUCUACAGUGGAAUGCAAGAAGCCUAAUAGCAAAUGGACAAGAGUUUAAGAAAUAUAUAGAUGAUUUAGCAGACAAACCUAAUGUAAUAUGCAUACAGGAGACAUGGAUGAAACCGCAGUUAGACUUUAGUAUAAACGGUUACAAUGUAGUUAGAAGGGACAGAGAAUUUGGCAGAGGAGGAGGAAUAGCAACAUUUAUACAGAACGGUAUGAAAUAUAAGGUAGAACAAAUAAAUUUAAAUUUCGAGUCAAUUAGAAGUAAGAUAUGGACUAAAAGAGGUUGUAUAGAUAUAAUAAAUUACUAUAAUCCAUGUGGAAAACUGAGUCAAAGCAUUUUAGAAGAGGUUGUGGGAUUACAACAAAAUAGCGUAAUAUGGUGUGGGGAUUUUAACUCGCAUAAUUCACUAUGGGGGAGCAAGAGUACUGAUGCAAACGGUCUACUUAUUGAAGAAUUUAUUGAUGAUAAAUAUCUAGUAUGUAUUAAUAAUGGAGAAGGAACGCGAUAUAAUAAUAUACAUAAUACAGAAGCGGUACUUGACCUAACAUUUGUAUCUAGUUCAAUAGCAGGGAUUAGCACUUGGGGUGUAUUAAAAGACAAUACUGUAGGGAGUGACCAUUACCCAAUAAUAAUUAAAGUUGGUACAGAAAUAUGUUUCGAAAAAGAGAAUGGAAUUCCUAGAUGGAAACUAGAGAAUGUAAAUUGGGAAGCUUUUAAAGAAAUUUGUGAAAAAAGAUUUGUGACUCUUCGAGAAGAGAUUUAAAGGGACAUAGAUGUAUUUAAUAAUAAAUUAGUUAAUGAAAUUAUUCAGUCGGCUGAGGGAAUAAUACCUAAAAGCAGAGGGGUUAGACGUUCUAAGAGUGUACCCUGGUGGAAUAAUGAGUGCAAAGAAGUUAUAAAAGCAAGAAAUAAAACAUUUAGGAAACUCAAAAACAUCAUUCUAUGGAGGCUUUGAUUCUAUAUAAAAGGGCUCAAGCAAAAGUUAGGAAAACAAUUAAAAUACAAAAACGUACAUUUUGGAGACAAUAUUGCUGUAGUAUUGGAAGAGAAGUACAAUUAUCAGAUGUUUGGGGCAUGAUCAGAGCAAUGGGGGGGAUUAGGAAAAAUUAUGAAUUACCAGUGAUGAGUAAUAGAGAUAAAACGGCUGUUAGCAAUCAGGAAAAAGCAGAACUUUUAGUUCAAACAUUUUUGAGAGUUCAUAGCUCUGAUAAUCUUGCAGUAGAGGCCAGACAGAGCAGGAAUAGAACCUUAAUGGAAUUCCCUAAUAUUUUACAAAAAGACGAGGUGUCAGAAAACCCCUUAGAUUUGCCGCUUAACAUGUUUGAGUUAAAAAGAGCAAUAAUUAGUGCUCGACAAACUACUCCAGGGAAGGAUGGAGUAUGUUAUAAAAUGCUGGCACACAUGACAGAGAACACAUUAGAAAUAAUUUUAAUUUUGUUUAACCAAAUUUGGGACACUGGACAACUGCCUUCAAUCUGGAAACAAGCAAUAAUAAUACCUAUUCUUAAACCAGGGAAAGAUCCAUCAGAUCCUUCUAGUUACAGACCAAUUGCCUUGACUUCACAUUUAUGCAAAAUCAUGGAACGGAUAAUUACGGAAAGAAUUACGUACUUCCUGGAAAGCAGAUAUCUUUUAUCUCCAUAUCAGAGUGGGUUUCGUAAGGGUCGAAAUACUAUGGAUUCUGUAUUAUGUCUUGAGUCAGAUAUAAGGAAAGCACAGACCAACAAAGAAGUAGUAAUUGCAGUCUUCUUCGAUGUGGAGAAGGCAUAUGAUAUGCUCUGGAAGGAAGGAUUAUUGAUAAAAUUAAAAUCUUUGGGAAUUAAUGGUAGAACAUAUAAUUGGGUUAUGGACUUUUUAUUUAAUAGGAAAAUACAAGUGAGGGUAGGUGAAGAAUAUUCCAGAGUAUAUACUGUAGAGAAUGGUACUCCACAAGGUAGUGUGUGUAGUCCAUUAUUAUUUAAUAUAAUGAUUAAUGAUAUAUUCUCUCAGGUCGAACAAAAUAUAGGAAAAUCUUUAUAUGCUGAUGAUGGGGCUUUGUGGAUUAGAGGCCGGAAUAUACCAUAUAUCAAUAAGAAAAUGCAAGCUGCAAUUGAUGAAGUGGAAAAGUGGACUAAUAAAUGGGGAUUUAAAUUAUCUAUUGCAAAAACACAGGUUAUUUGUUUCUCUAGGCGACACAAAAUUUCACCCCUUUCCUUGUAUCUUUAUAGACAACAACUGGAGCAAGUAAAAGUUGUUAGGUUCCUUGGGGUUUGGUUUGAUGAAAAAUUGACAUGGAAGGUGCAUUUGAAUAAAGUUAAGGACAAGUGUAAAAAGGUCAUCAAUAUGCUUCGGUGCCUAUCAGGGCAAGAAUGGGGAGCAAGUAGAACAUCUCUACAAAGUAUAUAUUGGGCACUUAUGAGAUCUGUUCUUGACUAUGGGUGUAUAGCUUACAUGUCAGCAGCAGAAUCAAACCUCAGGGAAUUAGAUGUAUUGCAAGCCCAGGCCCUGAGAAUAUGCAGUGGGGCGUUUAAAUCAUCCCCGGUAUCAUCAAUGCAAGUGGAGAUGGGAGAAAUGCCAUUAAGAAUCAGAAGGAUAGAAUUAAUGAUGGCAUAUUGGGUCAGUCUCCAAGGACAAAAUGGAAAACAUCCUGUCAAAAGUAUAUUAAAAGAGUGCUGGGAACACAAUGAAACAAAUUACACAAGUUUUGGGUGGGUAGGCGAUGCGAAAGCAAGAAACGUAGGUCUACAUCAAUUGCAGUAUAGUAAUACAGUCCCACUUUCUCCCAUUCCUCCCUGGUUAUUUCCUUUGCCAGCAGUAGAUCUUAGAAUACAGCAGGAACUAAAAGACAAUUCUAAUAACAUUCCAAUAUGGUAUAUAGUGCAGAAGUAUUUUGAGGAACAUUUCCCACAGUCACAGGUUAUAUUUACAGAUGGAUCCAAAGAUCCUGAAACAGGAUGUGCUGGUGCAGCAGUGUAUGUUCCAAUGUGUGAGUUCUAUAUCAAGAAAAGAGUAACCAACCAUCUCUCAGUAUACACUACAGAGUUACUGGCAAUAAUAUUGGCCCUAAAUUGGAUAGAAGAAAUGGAAAUAAAUAAUAGUGUCAUUGCAUCUGACAGUUUUUCAGCACUUGAAAGUAUAAAAUCUGGCAGGUCAUCAGCUAGGAUGGAUAUUGUCUAUAAUAUAUUUUGCAAAAUGUACGAUUUGAAAGUUAAGGGCAUAUCUACACAAUUCAUUUGGGUUCCUGCUCAUACUGGAGUGGAGGGAAAUGAGAAGGUGGAUAUUCUGGCUAAACAAUCUCUAAGAAUAAAGGAAAUAGAUCUAUGUAUUCCGUUAAGUAAAGCCGAAGCGAAAGUAUACAUCAGGAAAUAUACACAAUCCAUUUGGCAGAUGUAUUGGGAUGACCAUGAAACAGGCAGACAUUUAUACAAUAUACAAAAAUCAGUAGAUGCCGGGAGAAUAGGGAGUAGGAAUCGAAGGGAAGAAAAUAUUAUUACACGCCUUAGAAUUGGACACACUGGACUUAACAGUACAUUAUAUAGAAUUGGCAAGCACCCGACUGGGGAGUGUAGACACUGUAAUCAACAAGAAACAGUUGAACACGUUCUACUUCAAUGUACCAAAUACAGUAAUGAGAGAUAUCGUCUCUUUCAGUCAAUGAAAAAAGGCAAAUCAUCAUGACUUUUCUUUAUCU